UGUUGGCAAGAUGGCGCUGCCCAUGAGGAGGACACUGGUCGCUCUUCACAGAGCAACAUGCAGCAGGUUGACUAAUGCUGAGGCGUCUCUGGACCUGCGGCAUCCGGUCCCGCUUUACCUGCCGGUCCGCACUAAGAAGCGGUACUUCAUCCCUCCAGCUGUGGGGCUGAAGGGAAAGAGGGAGGAGAACCCGGAGGAAAAGGCCCGAGCGGCAGGCAUCGUCUUCAGACAGCAGUACAUGGAGAGGCCCAUCAACAUCGCAUGCACUGCGGGAAUCUUCGACCCCUACAUCCCUCCGGAGGGCGACGCUCGUCUUUCCACUCUGUCUAAAGAAGGCCUGAAACAACGAACCGAGCAGCUACGACAGAGCGCCGCCUCACAGCUAGCGAUUCGUAAAAUCAAGGAGCACGACUCGGAGUUCGUUACGAAGGGUUUUGCAGUGCGAGCUCAAGAAAUCUUUAUUGAGGGCCACAACGCCCUGACGCAGUUCAACAAGGAGAAACUUCACUCCCUGGUGACGGAGAGAUGUUAUCCUGAGAUGACGAGGGGGAACCGUUACAAGACGAUCAGCUGGAGGUUCCUAGAGUCUCUGGAGCCGCCCAAGGUGGUCCACGCCCGCUGCCCCGACAUGGUCACCAAAGGUAACCUGUACGGACAGCUGACGGUCCGCAUGCACUCCAAACAGAUUCUGGCCAUCUACGACCGCUUCGGGAGGCUGAUGCUGGGCAGCGAGGAGCAGCCGAAGGACGUCUUGGAGUACGUGGUCAUCGAGCGACACCUCGUCAACCCCUACGGCCGAUGGAGGCUACACGGGAAAAUAGUGCCGUCCUGGGCUCCGGCCAAGGACCCAAUUAUUAAGACUGUCCUGAUUCCUGGUCCGGAGCUGAAGCCAGGACAAGAGUUCGAGGCCCUCAACUAUGAAGUUCCCAAACCGGAGGCGGUUCAGUGGAAUAAAUAGUCCACCGGGUGGCGCUGCUCUCAACAUCAAACCACACUGGGACAUUUUAUGAGCAGUCAUGCGCCAAAAUGCUGUUUAAAUUCUGGCUGUGGCUGGUUAGUUUGUCCACUUUGGCAGGAAACCAGGCUUCCUUUUGGAGGCUCUGAUCUGUUUGAGAAACGCUGUUGGCUUCAGAAACGAUGGAAGCAGCAGGUGAGUUUAAGGACGAGCAAACUACUGAGUCCUGCAACACACAGCAGUCUAGAAUACUACUAAUAAUAACAGUAAUAGAUUUUCUUUCCUUUUCUAUAUUGUUUUAACUUAAUGUCUACAUGCAAAAAAUAAAAAUGCACAGAUCUCCAGAAAUUGAAUGUUUUAUUUCUGUGAUGAAUAUACUGCAUGUUGACCUCAGGAAAUACAAAAAUAAAGUGUCCCAUCUGUGUC